AUGGUCAUGGCCUACCGGAUGGGGCGACCGAGAGCGGCGUUUCGUUGCGGACCUGUUGUGCGAUGGCAAAUACGACACGGUCAAGGACUCGGACAAAGGUAUGUUUUUUACACUUCUGAAUCGAAUCCAUAGAUCUACUUGAUCUAACAACUAUCGUAGUUGACGACGAUGAAACCCCAUCUUCGAAAGACGAAAAACGUCGACUACAACCAAGCCCGACCCAACCGACGAAGCCGCCCUGGGUGCUGCCCUCAGAUUUUUUAAGGUGGCAGGACAACCAUUGCCCAAGCCAACGAAGGUCACUAAACGUAAGCGACUGUCUCGUGGAGGAAACGUACGUCAUGGGUCCUUUGGCGGCGAGGUCCAGGUUACGAAAGAUAAGUCGAGAGCCGAGAUCCAAAAGAUCGAAAUGACACGGACAUUGGACUAUUGA